GCAAUCCUGGAGAAAAUUUAAGCAGCUGUGGCCAUGUAAUUUAAAACCUCAGCAGAGUGUGCUGUGCUCUAUGCACAGGGUUAGUGCAACAUGAGGGCUGGAUGCAGCUGGCUCUCAGGAGGACGUCCUCGCCCGCUGCAAGACAGAGAAGACAGAGACUGAGAGGCAAACCUGGGUGCAGCCGGAAAGGUCCAGAUAGAUGAGCUUGUGGCAUCCGUUCCCCAAGUUCAGGAACUCUGAACCCCUCCACUGGGACUUAACCUCCCUGACCUGUGUUACUCUGCUGCUCCCCCUGCCGUGGGCAGGGACCAGCUGGACGUCGGAAUGCGCGUAGUGGCCAUCCUGAUCCUGCUCUGCCUUUGCAGAGCUGCUGAGCUUCGCAAGGCCAGCCCUGGUGCUUUGAGAAGCCAGGCCAACCCCAGCCGCAGCCGCAGCCGCAGCCAGGCAGGUGGCGGCAGGAGAGGCAGCCCCGUCAAACGCUACGCACCAGGCCUCCCCUGCGAUGUGUACACUUACCUCCAUGAGAAAUACCUAGACUGCCAAGAAAGAAAAUUAGUUUACGUGUUACCUGACUGGCCUCAAGACCUCCUGCACAUGCUGUUAGCGAGAAACAAAAUCCGUGUGUUGAAGAACAACAUGUUUUCUAAGUUUAAAAGGCUGAAGAGCCUGGACUUGCAACAGAACGAGAUCUCCAAAAUUGAGGACGACGCCUUCUUUGGUUUAAAUAAGCUGACCACCCUCCUGCUGCAGCACAACCAGAUCAAGGUGCUGACGGAGGAGGUGUUCAUUUACACCCCCCUCCUGAGCUACCUGCGCCUUUAUGACAACCCCUGGCACUGUACCUGUGAGUUAGAAACACUUGUUUCAAUGCUGCAGAUUCCACGGAACCGGAAUUUGGGCAACUAUGCCAAGUGCGAAAGCCCAGUAGCACUGAGAAAUAAAAAACUGCUGCAGCUAAAGACUGAUGAGUUAUGUGAUGAAGAGGAUAAGGAGCAACUGGACCCCAAACCCCAAGUAUCAGGGAGACCCCCAGUCAUCAGGCCUGAAGCAGACUCCACUCUGUGCCACAAUUACGUGUUUCCCAUCCAAACACUGGACUGCAAGAGGAAAGAGUUGAAGAAAGUUCCAAACAACAUCCCUCCAGACAUUGUUAAGCUUGACUUGUCAUACAACAAAAUCAGCCAGCUCCGAGCCAAGGAAUUUGAAGAUGUUCACGAACUAAAGAAAUUAAACCUGAGCAGCAACGGCAUUGGAUUCAUAGAUCCUGCUGCCUUUUUAGGGCUCACAAAUCUAGAAGAGCUUGACUUAUCAAACAACAGCCUACAGAACUUUGACUACGGAGUGUUAGAAGAUUUAUACUUUCUGAAACUCCUGUGGCUCAGAGAUAACCCUUGGAGAUGUGACUACAGUAUCCACUACCUCUACUACUGGUUAAAGCAUCACUACAAUGUCCAUUAUAAUGGUCUGGAGUGCAAAACACCGGAAGAAUACAAAGGGUGGUCCGUGGGGAAAUACGUUCGGAGUUACUAUGAAGAAUGCCCCAAAGACAAGCUGCCAGUGUACCCUGAGACUUUCGACCAGGACACAGAGGAUGAUGAAUGGGAAAAAAUACACAGAGAUCACACAGCAAAGAAGCACAGAGUGAGAAUCACCAUAGUGGGAUAGUUGGGACUAGCCGCACAGUGCUAUGCUGGUGUUGGAAAACCGUAUGUUUACAUUUUGAUCAAUUGUGAUGCCUAUUUAUACAGGGUUACCCAGCUACAAAAGCUUCUUUUGAUUAGUUCCUAAUUGUUACUAUGUUGUGGUAAUUUUAGUUAUCUAGGGAAAUCUGUAUUCUGCUUAUAUGCCCCUCUGUGGGCAGACUCUGAUUACAGGAUUCCACAUUGGCCAGGACUGGUAAUUACAUGCCUGUAAUUCCAACCCUCAAGCUGAGGCAGGAGGAUGAUGAUGCCCACCUGUGCUACAUCACCAGAAACACUCUCAAAAUAACCAAACUAUUCCACACUGGUGACCUGAGGGACUUAGAUCUUAAUAUGGUAUUAGAAUUUCAUAGUGUCUUGCAUAUGUUUUUAAUGGCUUUUUGAAAUAAAAGUUAAGAAAAAAAACAAGUUUCAUUUUUACAUGUCUUUCUGUAACUCCUUAUACAAUCUGAAAAGUGAUCAAAAGGAAAAGUCACAAUGAACUGUCUCCCCCAAAUCCUAUCAACCCUCUGCUGUUAUUAAUGCUUAAGACAAUAUAACUGUCAAGUAGAUUUGCAUUUUGGAUUCCCAUAUGCUCUAGAGUAAGGUGCUGGCAAACCCAGCUCUCAAU